AUGCUAGGACGUUCCUAUGUAACCUACGAAACUUUACAGACUGUAAUCACAGAAAUCGAGACAAUGAUUAACGAUAGGCCGUUGACAUAUGUGUGUUCUGGUAAUUCAGAUGAACCGGAAGUACUUACACCAUCACACUUACUUUAUGGCAGACGAAUAACCAAACUCCCUUAUGAAGAUGUCCUUUCAUGUACAUUCCCAACGCCAAUUAAUAAGUUAAGUGACCGUUCAUCAGUUAUCAAACAGGCUACAAUACAAACGAAGUUAAUCAACCACUUCCGGGAUAGAUGGCGUCACGAAUAUCUGACAGCUUUACGAGAACGUCAUCAGACUACUGGCAAAAAUGACCAGACGAUAUCCGUUGGAGACGUUGUAUUAGUCCACGACGAUGUUCCCCGCUUAUUAUGGAAACUUGCUGUAGUUGAAGAACUCGUGCCAGGAAAAGAUGGACUUAUUCGAAGUGCUAAAAUUCGAGCUCAAAAUGGACUCACAAAUCGCGCAAUUGUAAAACUUUACCCCCUCGAAAUGUAUUAA